UCGCCAAUUUACCUCAGUUGUAGACAUGGCAGCGCUGAGACAGGAGCAUCGGUAUGGACUCUCCUGUGCAAAAAUCAACAAAAACGUUCAAAAUAAAACUCUGUAUCACGUCAAGCUAACUGAUACCGCCAUUCGAACGCUUGAAGCCUACCAAAAUCUUAAGGGAUCCUUACCAAAUCAGCCAGCAAUUUGCUUCAAGGGGAGCCAGGGGUACAUCAAGAUCCCCGCCCCGUCCCCAGAUGCCUCGGACGCACUACGGGUCUUCUCCUUCUACCUGUCCAGUGAUAGCAAGGACAAACCUCAGGCCAGCUUCGACUGCACACACCAGUAUGUCUCAAGGGAGGGCAGGGAGCACCUGGAGGGCCAGGGCAGUAUUCAGGACAAGAUCACUGUGUGUGCCACUGAUGACUCGUACCAGAUGACCCGGGAGCGCAUGUCUCAGGUGGAGAAGGACAUCAUGAGCAGGUCGGCCAUCGAGAUCAAGCCAGGCUCCACUCGUGGUAAAUGUGUGAAGAUCCAGAGGAAGCAGGGCCUGUCGUCAAGCAUGGACAGCAGCAGCAACAAGCACUCCCCCAGCAACAAGAGGAGCGGGGCCCCCAGCCCAGUGGCCCUCCGGCCCCUAAGAGACCGCAUCAUCCACGUCUUGGCCUUGAAGGCCUACAGGAAGCCUGAGCUGCUGCUGUGGCUGGAGAGGGAGAGGGCCAGUCCUAAGGACAAGGCUGACCUGGGAGCAGUACUGGACGAUGUUGCUAAACUGAAUCCCAAAGACCACAGCUUUACUCUGAAGGAUGAGUUCUACAGUCAUGUCCAGAAGGAUUGGCCCGGUUACCUAGAGGAAGAGAAGCAGCUCAUCCAUAGGCUCCUGGCCAGGAAACUGCAGCCACUGAGCAGCAGUAGCCAGUUGAAGAGUUUCCAGUCAAACCAUUCAUUCCACAAAACCCCUGGGGAUUCUCCGUCACAACUCAGCCCGGUCAAAACUCCCUCUGUGAAACGCCCAUUUCCCUCUGAGCUAUCUGAUUGUCAGACCCCCAAGAAGCAAAGACUAUUAGACCACAGUUUACCCCUGCAGUCCCUUUCCAAUGGACACCUUGGUCCCAUUGGAGCCCGUAGCUCAUCUGGUCCAGGCAACACCAGUGUCCAGACCAAAACAGAGUUUGAGAGAACCAACAAUCACAUCCAGGGAAGCCCUAAUGGUCUUUACACACGGCACAAACUGGAUGGUUCCUCCAGCAUUCCCAAGCUGGAGAGGACCGAGCCGGUCCCAGCCGUACCAAGCCCCAAGGCCCCACAAACUGAGCCCUCCAUCUGCACUGACCAGCAGCUAGCCAACGGCCAGCACAAAAAGAAGAAGUCCAAGAAGCACAAAGACAAGGAACGGGAGCACUUAAAACAAGACUGGACAGAGAACAGUCCCGACCUGAAGCAGAACCAGGAACAUUUCAAUGACCAUGAGGGGGCUAAAACACCUGUCACUCGUACGUCACCGGAAGAGCUGCCCGACUAUUUCAUAAAGUACAACAUCAUCACAGCCUCAGAGCAACGGAAACAGUACAAGGAGGAUUUCUGUGCGGAGUAUGAUGAGUACAGGGCCCUGCAUCACCGGAUCGGUACAAUCACAGAGAUGUUUGUUCAGCUGGGCUCAAAGAUCAACACUCUCGCCCACGGUACACAGGAAUACAAGCUCAUGGAGGACCAAAUACUGCAGAAAUACAGAAAAUAUAAGAAGAAGUUUCCUGGUUACCGGGAAGAGAAGAAGCGAUGCGAGUAUCUGCAUCAGAAACUGUCUCACAUCAAAGGUCUGAUCCUGGACUAUGACUGUAUCCAGGCCCCUUCAUAGUGACUGGCCUGCACCCUGCUACCACAGGGUGCUAUUUUAUCAACGGACCAAAAGACUCCCCAGGACCAAAAGACUGACCAGCCGAGCCUGGGUCUGGAGUGUUAAGGACUUUAAUCACAUAUGAAUCACACAUUCACUUUAUUCCUCCAAGUGUUGAUGGAAGAGAGGUUCUCUUAUAUGAAGUGGGCCACGACCAGCGACACGUGAUCAAAUGAAUCAUUUUUGAGGACGAGUGUUGUUGUAAUGGCUGGCAAUUAAAGCCAAAUUCCUUUUUCUACCCAUAAUGUUAAUGUACAUGAACUCUCCUACCCAAUGCUUUUAACGUUUGGUCUAUUGCCAUGACUACACAGAAAGACUUAGUUUGAUGGUACAAUCAUAAGGACAGAUGAGAAUAAAUGCUCUUCACACCCAGUCUUCUAUCCAUGCUAUAUUUAAGUACCCAGUACAAUUUGCGGUUUGUUGUUUCACUGAAUGUAUAGAUGUAAAAUAGUGAUAUAAGAUCUUGAUUUCUAUAGAGAGGGUUGUAAUCACUGGAUUAAGAUUAGGGGACGCUGGAAGAUAUGCAAUGUUAUGUGGAAAUAUCUCAGACCUCUAUGAACAAGAAGUGAACUGUUUGAGUUGAUCAUUUCUCUAUUUGUUAAAGUUGAUGAUACAGUACAUGUCAUUAAUCAGACAUGCCAGUCAAAUCUCCUAUACAUUCGCCUCUGACCCACAUUUCACGUUCAGUCUGUAGUUUCCGUUUGCAGUAAUUGAGCCAUUCUGCUUCAUCAAAUAUGGGCCAUGGGAUUGGAAACAACUGCCCCCUCUAUGCUGAAGAAAAUGUUUAUGAAUCUUGAUAUUUGUAUGAUAUAGUAAAAUGCCAUCUUAGUCAUACAGUAUACUCCCAUGUUUCUGUUUAAACCACUACAUCAUUAAUGAAAGAACACUAAUCUGAAUAAGAACUGCAAUCAAACGCCAAAGUAAUAUUUUUGGAUUGUUAUGGCAUUCUAUUACCUUCUUAUCCUUCUGGAUAAAUUAUUCUCAUUGUUUGAGCCAGUAUUCUCUGACCUUUUGAUGAUAGUAAUACAGUUCAUACAAUAUUAAUGAAUAUUUUAUUACCUUGAUCAAUAGUCCAAUGCCGGAGCAUUUAACAGUACUUCCAAAAGCCAUUUUUAUAUUACAAAGCUUGUGCCUGUGUGAUGUAUUCUAUCAGCCCAGCAAGAAACAGGAUUGCUCCCAUGCAGUGAUGAAAUGCAAUAUUUUGAAGCUUUUGGUGUCUUUGGAUUUCAACCUGGUUUAGGUUAGAUUGAUCAGAGAUGAAUCAUAGUUCAAAGAUGAGAUUUCAGAAACCUAUUUUCUGACUUGUGUGAACUUCUUCAUUCUUGCUGUUGAAACUGCUCUGUAGGAAAAUGCUGUGGUAACCAUUGGUAACAUUGUAUUUCUUAAUGUUGCUGUAGCAGUCUACUAGAUUUCACCUCAGCAAGAUGGGACAGUUUAUUUUCAGUUUGAAUCAUUGAAUGUUCCAUUACAACAUUGGGCUACUGGGUGUGUUUGUCUACAGUAGAUGCAUUUACACAAACUGGACCACAUUAACUGAACCUCUCUGGGUGUACCUGUCAUCAUCACCUGGGAUUUCAUACAGUUCACUUUGAUUAUCUGUGGCUUGAAGAUAUAUAUUUUUUCAAAUAGUGACUACUCGUAAGCAGUAAUGAAAUCAAUGUGAGUGUCUGUGUACACUAUCUUGCUACUUAAUUGCUGUCUUAAAUGUAAAGGGAAGAUAGUUCAUUUUGCCUUAACACACCAUGGACACAUUUACAUGUCUCUGAUAUUGACUUUCUGAAAUGUAAUGUAAUCUCUCUUUUUUUAAUCUGCUCAUUUAAUAUAAUGUUUUAGGAUCAUGUAUUUCAGUUCACAUUUUUUGGGGGUUGAAGGAAAUGCAUAAUUUAUGUUAAUGUGUAAUGCUUUCAAUACUGCGUCUUAUAUGUCUGCACGUCUUUUUACAUUGUUGAUCUAUUCCUCUACCAUGUGAGUUGGGGCUCGAUUCAAUCAGAUCUGCUUUAGCGAACAUCCGCAUAGCGUUUGUUUUGACGGUCUAUGAGUUGGGGCUCGAUUCAAUCAGAUCUGCUUUAGCGAACAUCCGCAUAGCGUUUGUUUUGACGGUCUAUGAGUUGGGGCUCGAUUCAAUCAGAUCUGCUUUAGCGAACAUCCGCAUAGCGUUUGUUUUGACGGUCUAUGAGUUGGGGCUCGAUUCAAUCAGAUCUGCUUUAGCGAACAUCCACAUAGCGUUUGUUUUGACGGUCUAUGAGGUGGAGCUGUUAGAGCUGUCAAAUCCACAAGUGGCUCCCUGGAUUAUAGAUAAAGCCAACAUUGCAAUUGACUACACGGAGUCGCAUUAACAGAAAUCUCAUGCUGUCUUGUUUACACUAUGGAACAGUGUAACGUGUGAUGUAAUGUGCACCUCGAUUAUGAUAAUAGAAACCCUCAUUAUUUAGUUUAACGAUUUUUCAAGUCGAGCGUCAUUAUUCCUGUAUAACCUACACUUUCUCCUUCUGAACAUCUAACGCGAGUGGGGCGGUUGUGGCUUUGUGACAAUGGUUGCAAGAGCAGCUGCUCACCGAUUUGAAGGUUCCUAUGCAGUUCCACCUCUGAGGGCCACAACAUCCGCUAUGCGGGUGUCUGCUGUCACAGCUUAACGCUUGAUCCGAUUGAAUCUAGGCCUUAAUUCUUUUGUGUUUGUGAUAGGUUCAUUUCUGUUUGUUUCCCUCAUGAGUGCUCUGUGGAUAUCUGUUUGAUAAUGAUGAAUGGAGUAUAGAAAAUGAAUUGUGACUGUUAAGGGCCUUUUUUUUCAUCCAUUACCAUUCUUCACCACUGUCACAAACCACAUGGUUUCAGAGCUCUGUAUAGAAACAUGUCUGAAAGGUCUCUCAGAAGUGCUUGACUGGGCUAGAUUCAUCCCUGACAUGUACACAUAGUGGAAGUUCUUCUGUCACAGUUUGGGUUCUUUUUUUAUUGUUGAAUUCUAAAUGUAAUAAAUUAAAUAUAUGCUACUGACUGUGGUCUUCUGGAAAGCACAUGACCAGAUAUGAGACUAGUACAGACCACUGUCUCUGUCUGCAGUAUUGGACUGAGCCAUAUUCAUCUGAAUAAGUGCUAAUUGUGAUAUACGCAGGAGUUAGCGAGGUGCCUUCUAAUAGGAAAAUCUGAGUCACAUUGGCUUUAACAUAACAUUAUCUUUCAUAAUUGAUUUGAUUGCAUGACACGCAGGUGAAACUAAAUAUAUGUACUCAAAUUAUUGGUCCCUAAAUUUUAUUUUUCAUGUGUAGGACUACAGCUUUGUGGCUAAAGGUCCUUAACUGUUAAGACAUCCACAAUGUGCUCUUGAAAUGCAAAAUGCCAUUUAAUGUGCAUAUUGCUUACAAAUCAAACAACUCUAGAAUAUUUUUUUGUUUAUUGUCUCGCUGUUGCUGGUGCAUUUACUUUGUUGAUAUUGGUAAAUGAAAUGUCUCAAUAGAAAUGUGAAAUAAAAUCUCUUGUCUAGUAUAAAUCACUACAGAUUGUCGACUUUUGAGAACAAAUUUGUAACUAUAAUUUUUUUUGCUUCCUUCUUUGCCCAAUUUCCUCAGUCUAUUCAAGACAGACAAGAAGCCUCUACUUGGCGAAAGGUAAAUGUAAUAUAUAUAUAUAUAUAUUUGCAAUUGUCUGUGGGGGAUGCUUUAUCACCAACUUUUCCUCUAGAAAAAUACUACAAAAUGUAUUAAUGUCUCUGAAAAAAUAAAUAAAGCUAUUUUCAUCAA